AUGAGGAGUGAUGCUAGGAGGUUAUUUUGUUCCAGCAGAAACUGGGACCAAAUUAGUGCUAGAUGGAUAUGGGAAAACAUUCGGAAUAGGUGUGAGAAGGUUUGCUGGCACCGCCUGGUGUGGUUCCCUGGCCACAUCCCAAAACUCUCACUGAUUUCUUGGAUGGCAAUCUUGGAUAGAUUGCCAACAAAGGACAGACUUUCUAGGUUUGGUAUUAUAAUGGAUGGAGGUUGUGGUCUGUGUAGCUCUGGGCUUGAAUCCCGUGAUCAUCUAUUCUCUGACUGUGUUUUUGCAAGGGAAGUUUGGACUGCUAUUCUUCUUGCCUGUGGUCUUACUCGGGCACCUCUUAGCUGGAGUGACUCUAUUCACUGGCUACUGCUCAACCUUAAGGGCAAAUCUCUACUGGUGCUCAUCCUAAAGUUGGCUUGGACUGGGUUUAUUUACUACAUAUGGGAGGAACGAAACCACAGACAAUUUAGAGGCUCGCAUCGUUCGGUUGGAACUGUUGUCAGUAGUAUUAAAGAAUCUGUUAGAAUAAAAUUGUAUAGAAGUCAUAUGAAGAGGGUAGAUGUUGUUAAUAGGAAACUGUGUAUAGAUUAG